UGUCGACUGCAUGCAAUCAAUGCAUCACCUUGCAACACGGCCUUCAUAAUAAAUAUCAAAAUGUUCAAAAUAAUAACUGUUUGCAAGUGUUCCUUCAAGCAAAUAAAGUAUUCGAGACGUUCGCCAUGGGCAUUGAUGAUGAGCAGACAGCUGGCUACUGCACAGAACCAGAAUAAGAAUGAGGAGAAAAAUGGUGAAUCGCAGUCAACGAUAUACCUGAGUGAACCACCAAGUAAGCCAGAUCGAGAUUGGAUCGGUCCAGUUGAUAAACGCUCCAAUCUGCGGCAGAUCCGUUUCACCGAGAGAGACAAUGAAACAGAAACAGAGAGGGCGUAUCGAGAAAUGAGAGAGGAGAUCUAUGUCUGGAACCACACCUUCUGGGCCCGGCAUAACCAGAACUUCAUUGAGGCAAAGGAACAUUUUGUUAAGAAGGUGCUUGAAAGUAAAGGAGGUGGUCUGUUAGAUGAAGAUGGGGCCAGGCGAGUGUUGAGCGCUGAUGAAAUGGCAGAGUUCUACAAGGAAUUCCUUCAAGAAAAUCAACAGAUUCUGAAGCAGUAUAACCGGGAUUGGUACAGACGAAACACUGCCCUCUUGUGGCCAGCAUUCAAAGUUGCUCUUCAAAGACGUUUCAGAAAACCGUUAAGUUGAAUAAAGCAUGUUUAGUACGAGGCAGUUUUGUGUACAAAGUUAAUUAAGAACAGCAGAGUGUACUUUGAAAAUGAUCUCAUAGAGUAUCGUGCUGUCGUACAAUGCAAAUGGAACCAGUUCUUUUGUUGGUUUGAGAAGUCCUACAUCUCCAUUCUGAAUUCUAUAGUCGGCAAGGCGUCCUAGUACAGCAACAUCACACCAACUUGGGUAACUUUGUUUGGUCAUAAUGAAUCUAUGAUAUGAUCAUCCAGUUCGGCCUGGCCUUUUGUGGAUGAUGAGAACUAAUAUAUAUAUGAGGGCACCGCGAUGGCUUGCUCGCGAGUUUUCAUUCCUGAUCUUGCAGAGAACAAAGUGGAUGUUUCCCCAACCAUUGUGAAGAUAGCUGCACUUGACCCGGGGGUCUUCAUGGGAGAUUGCUGCAUGAUGUUUCGCGAAAGGACUCAUUUAUAUUUACUAGUGCAUUGAGGUGUUUGUUGGGCUCCCACCAUUCCUGCCUUUGCCAGCCUGCACCCAGGAUGGGGAGAAAGCCAUCUACACUUUAAGAGAUCAUGUGCCGCCAUUGAAGUCAGCGUCGAUGCUGCCAUGUCAGGCAGGAUAUUCUUCGUAAUUUUACUCUAUUUUUUUUUUUUUUUUAAAUCCUUGUGGGAACAUUUAAAAACCUGUGAUUUAAAAAGCAUGAAAAGCCUAUUGAAUCUCACUACAUGCUUACAAUUACAUUUUACUAUUAGACACUUGCACUCGAUAACAAGGUGCCUUCUAUUUUCCAAGGACAAAACAUGAUGCCUAUCAUCAAAUAUAUGCGUCCAAUAUUUGGAUAUUCCAUAAAGUUUGACACAUUAGAAGAGUUUUGGUUGAGUCAACAAUGGUCCUUUAAUACUUUCCAAAACUGCUGUACCAGUAUUUUAAUGUACAUUUUAAUUAUUUGGUUUUGAUUGUUUUUCAGCUUGACUGAAAUCGUCGUAAGAUUGGAACGGAAUGAAAACUUUCUAUGAUUAAACUUUGCAAUAAUAAUUUCAA